UUCCAGGGGUUUCCGCUCUCCGCUCUCCCCACUCCUGGGGGUCCCCAGUUCUGGUCUCCCCCAUCUCGGGAGUCCUGGGGAUCCCGGAAGUCCCCCCCAUUCCGGUCUCCCCUCAACCGGGGAUCACAGGGAUCACAGGCAUCCCGCAACUCCGAGCUCCCCCCAGCUCCAGGCUCUGAGGGGUCCCCCCUCACUGCUCUCCCCCCUUCCGAGGGUCCCCAGCUCCGGUCUCCCCCAUCUCGGGAGUCCCGGGGGUCCCAGGGGUCCCCUCCAUUCUGGUCUCCCCCCAACCAGGGGGUCCCAGGGAUCCCCCAACUCUGA